AUGCCGCCCAGACUCAAUUUCUUCACGGCCGGCAAGGCUGUCCCCGUUCUCCGCCAAUCCUCCACACCCUCGACCUCGCGACGGAGCAUCACCACCUCUCUCAACCUUAACAAGCCCAAUGCAGGCGGAUAUGGCAGGAAAGUUAGCCUGUCGUCUUCGGCACAAUUGCAAAGACGCUUGAACUCGACAAGCUCCGGCUCGAAAGAUGACCCCGCCCAACCAAAGAGUGCUACUGAGCCUACGAUGCCUCAUGUUAGCGAGGAGGCCGCGGAGGUGUCCAAAAUCAUGAACAAGGGCAAGAAAUGCGAUGCGACUCCCUCCUCUCCGGAGUUGGAGCAGGGUACACCUGUUUCCGAGAUCCUUAACCGCGACAAGGAAGCCCAGAAGCAUGCCCCCAAGGUGAUGCAGGAUCAGAUGAAGGGACCGACCGGUACACGUUCGUUCUCGACUUCGGUCCGACGCCUACAAUCGGAGCUCCAGAAUGAUAUCCCCAACGACCAGUCGGCGGAAUUGGUUGCCAGCAUGAUUUCCCAGGUCACAGAUCAAGCCGCUGAGCUGCAGCCCGGUCUCAAGUUCGCUGCACCCGAGAGUCUGCCCAAGACGGAGAACUUCCGGAAGAGAUAUGACUCUUUGUUGGAACAAUUCACCAAGUUGCUUAUGAACGAUGGCAAGCUGAGCCUUGCUCAGAAGAAUAUGGCCUUUAUCUUGGAUCACCUCCGGACUACCUCCCCUCCUCAGCCCAACCCUAAGCGUCCUUUGCUCCCCGGACCCCCCGGUCCUCAGUUGCCUUUGAACCCCGUCCUUUUCCUUACUUUGAUCGUGGACUCUGUUGCUCCUCUGAUUAAGAUCAGACAGCAAAAGGGUAUUGCAGGUGGUGGUGCGGCUCUUCAGAUUCCCGUUCCUCUGUCGUUGAGACAGCGUCGGAGGACAGCAAUCAAAUGGAUCAUCGAUGCUUCUGAUAAACGGAAAGACAGCAGCUUCGCUCAGCGAGUUGCUAACGAACUGUCUUCCGUCGCUGAGGGUCGCAGCGGUGUGUGGGAUAAGAAGGAAGCGGCGCACAAGCUUGGUAUCAGCUCCCGGUCCAACCUUGGACUGAUGAGUCGCAGGUAAAAUAUGGAAUGAAUCGAAUUGCGGAUAUACAACCCUUGUUUGGAAGGGUUUGACAUUCUUCGACAUUGGGAAAUGGGUGUUUUUUUUCACUCUUUUUUUUGUAACUUUAGGGGUUAUUUUGAGCACCAUGCAUUGUGUAUGUUUAUCUUAGUUGUUAACUAUUUAUUCUCUUGAUUCGAGUUGUCAUCCUGGAUUUUGAAUCCAUUUAUAUAUCCAUGUUUGCCUUGAUGUUACACUCGGUGAUGAUUCACCAGUCUCGGACGAUGGAUUACUAACGAGUCGGUCUGGCGUUCAUGUGCAUUUGCAUCUGCAUGACCAUGGGUAGUAAUAGCAAUAGUCCCUAUUAGCUUCCGUAUAUUAAAUACGCCUCCUCUGCACCAUCUGAAAAU